AUGGCUUUGAUGUUGGUCAAGUUUGAUCUGAAGAAGCGAGUGAAGCUCGCACAGACGGUCUGGUUUAUGUACUGGUUCGCUGUAAUGGCCGGCGUGCUGGUCUUCAGCAUGGGCCUGUUCUUCAAGAUCGAGCUGCGAAAGCGCUCAGAACUUAUGGACAACAACGAGAGCCACUUCUUGCCCAACCUGCUUAUACUUAUGGGUCUAAUAGCCUGUGGCAUCAACGCCUUUGGAGGCAAAGUCUGCUACGACUCAUUGGACCCUACCAAGUUCGUAAAAUGGAAGCCCAUGUUGAAGACCUUCUUGAUGCUGUGCGUGGGGUUCAACGCCCUGCUGCUUGUGACAGCCCUGCUGUGUUUCUUGAUGAGGAUCCCCCUGCAGUUCACCCUGGCCGAGGGCCUGAGGAACGGCAUGAAGUUCUACAAGGACACGGACACGCCGGGACGCUGCUACAUGAAGAGGACCCUGGACCUGAUGCAGAUGGAGUUUCGUUGCUGCGGAAAUGACAACUUCAGAGAUUGGUUUGAGAUUCAGUGGGUUAGCAACCGCUACCUGGACUUCAGCUCAAAGGAAGUCAAAGACCGCAUUGGGAGCAACGUGGAUGGCCAGUAUCUGAUGGAUGGAGUCCCGUUCAGCUGCUGUAACCCCAGCUCCCCCAGACCCUGCAUCCAGCUCCAGAUGACCAACAACUCUGCCCACUACAGCUACGACCACUACACGGAGGAGCUCAACGUGUGGAAGCGCGGCUGCCGCGAGGCCAUGCUGUCCUACUAUGGAGGCAUGAUGAACACCAUCGGAGCCCUGGUGGUGCUGGUCACGAUGCUGGAGUUUGCGGUGACCAUAGGCCUGCAGUACGUGAACAGCUCCCUGUCCACCCUGGCCAACCCGGACGACCCGGAGAGCGAGAGCGAGGGCUGGAUCCUGGAGAAGACGGUGAAGGAGACGUUCACCGACAUCAUGGCCAAAAUGAAAGCCAUGGGCAAAGGCGGCAAGGUGGAGGAGGGGGGUGAGGCAGCGGUCGCCACGGUGAGCUGAGCUAACCCCUCCUGCAAAAACUGACACCACUCCCACCUGAGGAGGAGAGGAGGGGGACGUGUGAGAUUACUACAUUUUUCUACCAACAUGUAGACACCACCUACAAACACACAUCUGGGUAUGGACUCUAAACGGACUCCCUGCAUUAAUAAUCAUAAACUGUAUAUCCACACGUAGAGACAGUUAAAGAGUAGGAUGAGUUAUGUUGCGGUUUCUCAUGUUGGUUUCCCCAACCAAACAAACCCAUCUCAGGCUCCAGCGUUGCUUCACGGCAUUCCUUUAAAGAGAUUUACUGUUUUGGUUUCCAACACUCGGCGGGUUUGGAUCUUUGCUAUUUCCAAAAAAAAAUCAGGUCAAGUAAUGGUGAUAUGUAUUGAUAAUUGUCAGAUGCUUUGCAAUCACAAGUAAAUAUGUAAUUUUUUCUUCGCAUGUUGUUGGAUAGUUUGGCGGGGAUGGUGGUUGCCAUGCAACCCCCCCUCUCAUGGAGGUGCAGACGGAGGAUAUUUCCAGCCCAAGUUUCAUUUUUGUUGACCUGUCUAUAGAGCUUUGGCUUGUAGUUCAUACUGUAUAUAGACAAAUCAAACUAAUUAACCCCCCCACUCAGCUCUUUUUAUAUUCCAGUCCACCUUUGUCCACAAUGAAGACUGGAUAAGCUCCUGAGAUGGAGUAAAAUUUGGAAUUGAGUGAAUUGGUAUGAAUUACGCAUGAAUGUUGCAGCACAUGAUCGAAGAGUGAGGCAUGGGAACUGGGAUGUGAACCCUGGUGAGAGGCAGGGCCAACUCCAAAACCUGUGGAGGACGACUGAAAUUGGCAGCUAAAUCUUGGCUCCCGACCCCUGUACUGUAAUCUCAGAUCCUCUACGAUGUUUCCCUUGUGCAUUCAGUAUCUGUAUAUUGACACAUAUGUAUGUAUAUUCUAACACCUGGGUUGCUGUCUUUGUACAUAGUGUAGAAAUGAUGAAAAAAAAAUUAUCUUUUUUAAAACAUAAUGUAAUUAAGCUAAAUCUUUUAUUUAAAUCCAUGUAAAGUUUGUUUUUCCAUAUGAUUUUUGUUUGGUUUUGGCUUCGUGUGUCUGUGUAGAAGAAGAGAUU